AUGCUAAGUGUGGGCCCAAGCCAGCAGAGGCCAGGAGGGGAAGGGGGAAUUAUGCCCAAGUCCGGCACGCUUCAAAGGCCCUCCGUAAGCAACGCCGAUGAAGGCUGUCCCAGCUUCCUCGCACCCAAUGGCCUGGUCAGAUCCGAAUGGGAAGCUGAUAAGGCUCUGCCCUACCUAAUUCUUUUCCAUGUUCUCAUCCAGGCCCCGUCUGACUUGGAGCAGCCUCUCCUUGAAGCCCUCUUCUGUUUGAGACUGCAGAGUGAGGACAGGAGAAUGCAACAGCAAUGCAAGGAAGAGAUGCGAUGUGAGGAGGAGGAUCUGUUACAUGAACAGGAGGAGAAGAUAAACGGAGGCCCUCUGUAUCUACACGUGGGUCAACAGGGAUCAGGUGAUAAGGACACUAUCCAUAUUACAGUGGAGGACGUAGGGAUAGUUAAUAGCAGUUUCAUCCCGUUUGAGGACGACCCCGUGACCCAGAGGAACAACUUGGGCCGCUCGGCUAGCUCAGUGUCGGCCUGUCUGAGGGCUCUAAAGAAGAAACGGCUGCAGCGUCUGUCUUCUUUGCCUCUUCGGCCUCAGGCUGGACAAGCCAACCUUUCUACCAGCGGGGAAGAUGAUGAGGAUGACGAUGACCACUUUCUGUUUGGAAGUGGCAACAACAGCACCCCUGCUUCCGGGAGCCUCUUGGCACACCCUGAGAUCAAUUUGAUUCCACCCACUCCGUCAGAUGUUAUUGAUGACGAUCAGUUUUUUGACACAAAUUCAGAAGAGAGUCUGGUUUAUAGUCCAGAGAGUGAUGGGCAUGGCUUUGCUGUUGGUGAUGAGAUGACAAUGGAGAAUGCGGAGAUGGAAGAGGCACCGUUGGGAUUGAUAAUGACUGAGAAUCAGGUUUGUGUUGAUAAAACAGCAGAUUAUGAGGAGGAUCGUGAUCAGGAUCAUUCAACAGAGGAAAGGGAGGCUUUGCCAAGCACAGAAGGGGAUGAAGAAAAACCAAAGUCCAUAUUUUCUCCAAGUGUUUACCAGGUGGCACCACUUCAUGUGCUGCCCCCAAAACGCAACUUCAACAGCGGAAUCAAACUUUUGCCCUUCACCGAGCUCAACUUGGACGACUUGACCAACAGUGAUGUCAGCUGCUCUGACAUGCUGAAGACUGGAUUUGGCCGGCCUACUAAAACUUGGACAACAAUGGACGCAUUUACUCAUCAGAGGAGACCAAUCACUCGCUCCUGCAGUUUAGGGGAUACACCAACCAACGGCGCCACUUUCCACACUUUAAAUAAGAACUCAAACCAGCAGCAGCAAGGGAAGGGGUCGCCACGACAACGCCGUGUAACUGUUGCGUCGUGUGCUCCCCAGUGCGAGGACCAGAAUGGAAACUUCCCAGAGAAGAAUGUGGACAGGCACCAGGCCAAAUCACUCAGGGAGCUCAACACAAAUGAGAUCUGCCAGUGGUUCACCAACAUUGGACUGCACAAAUGUCUCCCUUUCAUCCGAGGGGCGCAUUUGUGUGGAGCAGAUAUUGCAUCAAUAGACGUGAACAUUCUGGACGUGCUGCACAUCGACACACUACCAGACAAGGAGAAGUUACUCUCCGCAAUUUAUAAUGAGCUGCACCCCCCUAGUACUUCUGGAGGAACCCUCGGCAAUAAUCAUGUCGAGACAUUCAUGCCAAUGAUCAAAUCCAAGUCCUCACCUCAUGUGAGCUGUCUUAGCAUGAACAGACGAUCCCUCAAGCUCAGACACAACAACCAGAACUGCAUGACACAGCGGAAUUCCCAGUUGAUCGAGGUCACCAUUAAUUCCUCGGAGCGGAUAGUUCACCUCAGAACCCCAAAAGAAACAACAAUGUCCAAAAUAAUGGAUUCGUGUCUCAGAAUGCUGGGAUUGACUGAAGACCGAAGCCUUUUCUCAAUGAAAGAGCAGAAAGAUUCCACAGCUGAGCUCUCCCAGGAUCAGCAUGUCGGGAGUCUGCUGACAUCCUCAUCUGAGAGGGAACUGGAGCUGCAUUUGUGUAGAAAGAACAUGAGCGCCGCUUCCCAAAACAGUCCAGAGGUCAACAGCUCCAAUGGAAUCCAAAAAGAGGAGAGAAUCAAGGAGCUGAACCUGCAGGUGGACUCCCUCCAAAAUGUCAUCCUGCAGGUGCAGGAACUCCACCUUGGGCUGGUAGCGUUCUGCUCAGAACUGAAGAACUCGGAUGGAGAUGUGAAUUUAGAAAUGCUUGGCUCAGCUGAACUGGAGCAGAAACUGGAAAUGCUCCAGAGACGACUAAGCGACAAGAAGCAAAGUCUUCAGACCCUCCGAGAUCACAUCAACAACUCGGCUGUUCACAGGAAAAAACAACUAGAUGUUCGUCUUUUGGAGAAGAUGCAGCUGAACUGUCAAGUGUUUAAGGAAGAAAUCUCCAUGGUGCAUCUGAACCGACAAGUGGCUCACCUUCAAACUAUUCUGCAGGAAAGCUACAUUAAGGAGAAAGACCAGAGAAAGAACAUGGCCAUCAGUAGCCUGAGCCAGUUGGUGUCUCCACAGUCUCCCGCUAUGCUGUUGGUGGUCCAGGAGAACCGUGGACCGGACGGCUGCUAUGGCUUUACAUGUCGGUACAUUGAAGGCAGUGGCUUAGUGGUGGUCAAGGUGGACAGGUCGCAACUAUGUGUGGAUGACAGGCUCGUGGAAGUGAACGGGGCACCGGUGGUCAACUUCACCGAAGAAGAACUAAGUCACCUUCUGCUCCAGCUCCCCAGCGCCCAGAUUAUUGUGCUCCGUCAGCCGACUCCUGCCCUCACCCCCCGACACCCUCCUCUGAUCCUGCAGCACAUGGUUAACCCUAAUCCCGUGCGAGCAGAGGAUGUGAUCACCAUGGAAACCCCAUCACUGCGCAGGGUAAUGGCUAUCUGAUGACGGGGAGCAACACAGAGCAACCAAGAAAGAGAAUUACUAGCGUUUUAUUCCUAUGAUGUGAUUCGUUACAGCGACUAUGUCUUAUGAUUAUGUAUUGGUGCAUUUUGUCACUGUCAAAGCCGACACUGUCAUUAGCAGCCCGAUGUACAGCAUAUGGAAGCCUUGACUCAAACCGACACACAUUCACAAAUUUACGACACGGGAGAGAGCCGUGAUUUAAGAAUAAAAGGAUACAAAUCCUAUGCUUCACUAGAUAUGGAAGAGCAGGCUUGUCUAACAUCCAUCAGAGUUAUUCCUGAGGGUGCAACAAUGAAUACUUGAUCUGGCUCAGAGGAACUCCUGGAAAAAAAAAAAAAAAGACAGCUUGGAAGUACAAGAAAACAUGCAAUCUACUGUAGUUUUACAUGCAUGCCUGAAAGCUUUGCAUUCUGCGUUGUCUUUGCAGAACACACACAUAUAGCUUUCUCGGAGUUGAGUCACGUUUUGGUCUUCUUUGUGUUGUAAUACAAACCAGCGGGGCUGUGGGAAUAAACCCUUGGCCACAGAAAUGCCUCAUUUCAACCACGUUCUCCCUCGUUAAGCGCUAGUGGAUCGUGCAAAACUACACGGCACAAACAGUACCAGGCUGUUGGGGGUCCGAAGAAACCACUUUGCUCACCAGUUUGCUCAUAAAGGUCAGAGGUUACUCACCUGUACUUUUAAUAAUAAUAAUAAUACAUUUUAUUUGUAUAGCGCUUUUCAAAAUACUCAGACACUUUACAGAAGAAUGAAGUUGAAUAAAGCAAGUAAACAGAGUAGAAGACACACCAAAAUACAACAUUCAUUGGUUAAUACACAGUUAAAACAUGAGAAAAAGCGGGGCGGGGCACAGCAGUCAGAUAUAAAAAGUUAGACAUUAAAAACAGAUUUAAAGAGGUGGGUUUUUAGUUGUUUUUUGAAACUGGGAAGGUCAGGGCAAGCACAGAGUGAA